AUGAGUUUAACAUUUCCAAAUACAUCGACAGAGAAGCUUCCUAAAUUCGACUGGCUUCGCUACUUGGGGUAUCGUGUAAGCCUUGGAUUAGAUGAUGGAAGCACUUUAUCAGGACGCCUUGUGUCUCUUAGUCCCUGCGGAAACGUAAUACUCACCCACGCAGAGCGGGAAAGGCCAUUUCAGCAAAGAAAAAAGCGCUCACGCGAUGAAUCAGUUCGCCGUGAGUGUUACUCCUCCGUUUUGUUCGUUCGCGGGGAUUCAGUGGUGACGCUGCAGUACAACAGCAGUCUGACUAAUGAUAGUUCUGUUGUGGAUCAUCUAGGAGCAUUCGAAGAGAGCAAACUAAGGACUAUCCAAAUAGCAAACACGGCACCCGGCGUCCCCUUCUCAAGGCACUAA